CUAUGCACCUUUAUGCACAUAUUUCUCGUCCUUCUCCAUCUUAUUCUCCUUGCGCUAAGCAUUUCGGGUGUCGAGCACCGCCUUGUCACAUCUGAGGAUGGUACAUGGAUGACGGUAUUGAGUCUGUAUUGCACGAUACUCGUUUACCUGGCGCAACGUCUGACACUUUACAGGAACCUGUUCCAGCAUCAAAAAUUGACCAUCCUCCAUGACAAUGUUAAUGCAUGGAGCGGCCUUGGUUCUGCAUUGCAGUGUUUCUGGCAGCAAUCGAGUACCACUGGAUCAUUGUGGUGGAUUGCAUCUAUUACUACUUAUCUGGGCUGUGUAUUCGCGCUUCACGUUGUAUCAUCAUCCAUAUUUCAGCUGCAGACAUUCAGCUCAACCACGAACGUGUCGGUCACUACGUUCUCUCACUGGCCUGGUCCAAAUGUAGACAUGAUGGGGCUUCAGUGGCAUACCAUCAGUGCCAUCGUCCCCUCUUUGGGUCGAUUUACCAGUUCGUCGAACGCAGGACUUAAUGGUCCCACACUGUACGACACUGUUCAAGCAGAUGGCGCCACAGGAAAUGCCACAGUAGAUGCAACUACUUUCCGAGCAGAGUGCGGGUUACUCCAUAAUUCUGAGUUGAGC